GACCAGUGACGUCAACUGUCAAACCCUCUCCCACGUGUCCGGUCGAGCCCCCAAGACCCUCCUGUAUCGGGCUGCCAGGUCCCCUUUCGCCCCCCUCAGCCAACGACCUCACACCCUGAGCUUCACUCCCCUGAGACCGGGAGCCCGAAACUCAACGAGCCCGAGACCAGAACGCAAGGACCAGGACUCCCCCCUCCCCCCCAUUCAAAAGUCCUCAUUUUGACUCCACGUCGCCGGUAUCCAAAGCCAAGGUCCCCCGUAUCCUUGGGCCGCAGCCAAGAACCGAUACCUGGAGCCUCGUUCAACGCAACUCUCCCCUUCGGUUGUCGUCGGCUCGUCCGCGUUACUGGGUGUGCGCCAGUCGUGAUGCUGUCCAGGAUGCGCCGCGCUGGCACCGUGGCGAUUCGCUCCGUAAGCUCAACGGCGACCGUGGGGGGCUCAGCCCCCCGACAGCGAGCACGGGACGGGGCCCCCCACCACCUCUCGCCCACCCAGGUGAUCUCCCGGGAGGAGCAGUAUGGCGCCCACAACUACCACCCCCUCCCCGUGGCGCUCACCAAGGGAAAGGGCGUGUUUGUGUGGGACGUGGAGGGGAACCGCUACUUUGACUUCCUGAGCGCGUACAGCGCCGUCAACCAGGGCCACUGCCACCCGCGCAUCGUGGCGGCGCUCACGGAGCAGGCCCAGCGCCUCACGCUCACCUCCCGUGCCUUCUACAACGACGUGCUCGGGGAGUACGCGCAGCUCAUCACCUCGCUCUUCGGAUACAACAAAGUGCUGCCCAUGAACACCGGCGUGGAGGCCGGUGAGACCGCGUGUAAGCUCGCGCGUAAGUGGGCAUACACGGUGAAGGGCGUGCGUCAGUACGAGGCCAAGAUUAUCUUUGCCGAGGGCAACUUCUGGGGUCGCACCCUGGCGGCCAUCUCAAGCUCCAUGGACCCCUCGAGCUACGAGGGGUUCGGCCCCUUCAUGCCGGGGUUCCAACUCGUCCCCUACAACGACAUCAAAGCCCUCGAGGUUGCGCUCCAGGACCCCACGGUGGCAGCGUUCAUGGUGGAGCCGAUCCAGGGGGAGGCGGGAGUCAUCGUCCCCCAGGAGGGAUACUUGCGGCGUGUGCGGCAGCUCUGCACGCAGUACAACGUUCUGUUCAUUGCGGACGAGGUGCAGACUGGGCUGGCGCGCACCGGUCACCGCUUGGCGUGCGACUACGAGGCAGUGCGGCCAGACCUGGUGUUGCUUGGCAAGGCCCUCUCCGGGGGCCUUUAUCCGGUAUCGGCCGUGCUGUGCGAUGACGAGGUGAUGCUCACAAUCCGCCCCGGAGAGCACGGAUCCACGUAUGGGGGGAACCCCCUCGCGUGCCGCGUCGCCAUGGCAGCACUUGAGGUACUGGAGGAGGAGGGCCUGGCAGAGAACGCCCGUAUUAUGGGCGAGCUUCUCCGCUCAGAGCUGCGGAAGCUGCCAAGCUCGGUGGUGAGCAACGUGCGGGGGAAGGGCCUCCUCAACGCCAUCGUCAUCCACCCAACAGAAGAUUACGACGCGUGGCAGCUGUGCCUGCGUAUGCGCGACCGGGGUCUGCUGGCCAAGCCGACGCACGGAGACAUCAUCCGGUUUGCACCACCGCUCAUCAUCACUCACGACCAGAUGGAGGAGUGCAUAGAUAUCAUUCGCAGCGCCGUGCUCUCGCUGUGAGCAUUGCUCGCUCGCAUUCUCAUCACAACGCUCCCCCCCCCCUCCCCUUGUCUUGCGUAGUUUUGGUCGAAAUGGAAUAACGUGGUCCUCUUUACAAACUUGUGGUUUAUUUAGUUCUCAAGCGCGGGCGCUGACGCGCGAGGGCAUUCACUUGGCACUUAGUGGAGGGCAGUGCGGAGAGGGCAGCACUUCCAUCAAACACAUGGGCCCCCCACCAGCCUGAAGAAUAAGGUGGGGGCAGGAGCUGCCCUAUGAGGGGGGGCCCUGUCUCCCUGGGUGGUGGGGACGAACCCCAGUAUUAAUGGCGUGUACGCACCUGUGUAUAUGUGUGUAAGUGCGAGUCAAUAAACACUCCGCUGCUUGCGC